GGGGGCUGCGGCGGCGACGGACUCGCGAAGGUUCCAGAGGCGCCGCGUGCGGGAGGCGGACUGUGUCUCGCGCCGGGUCGGGUGUGCGCGCAGGUUUGGGGCGCUGUGACUCGUGCGGGUGGGGCCUGCGUCCGGGUAAGCGCGUUCGGUGCGGUGUUUCCUGUUGUUCCCCCCUGCCUGUCUGCAGCUCGGGCCUUGCCUGAUCAGUCCGACCAUGGCUUCAGCUUUGGAAGAGCUACAGAAAGAUUUAGAAGAGGUGAAGGUGCUGCUGGAGAAAGCCACUAGAAAAAGAGUACGUGAUGCCCUUACAGCUGAAAAAUCCAAGAUUGAGACAGAAAUCAAGAACAAGAUGCAGCAGAAAUCACAGAGAAAAGCAGAACUUCUUGACAGUGAAAAGCCAGCUGCUGUGGUUGCUCCCAUUACAACAGGAUAUACAGUGAAAAUCAGUAAUUACGGAUGGGAUCAGUCAGAUAAGUUUGUGAAAAUCUAUAUUACCUUAACUGGAGUUCAUCAGGUCCCCACCGAGAACGUGCAGGUGCAUUUCACAGAGAGGUCAUUUGAUCUUUUGGUAAAGAAUCUAAAUGGGAAGAGUUACUCCAUGAUUGUGAACAAUCUCUUAAAACCCAUCUCUGUGGAAGGCAGUUCAAAAAAAGUCAAGACAGAUACAGUUCUUAUCUUAUGUAGAAAGAAAGCAGAAAACACACGUUGGGACUACCUGACGCAGGUUGAAAAAGAAUGCAAAGAGAAAGAAAAGCCCUCCUAUGACACUGAAACAGAUCCUAGUGAGGGACUGAUGAAUGUUCUAAAGAAAAUUUACGAAGAUGGAGAUGAUGACAUGAAGCGAACCAUUAAUAAAGCCUGGGUGGAAUCAAGAGAGAAGCAAGCCAAAGGAGACACAGAAUUUUAAGACUUUAGUCAUUUUGGGAACUGCGAUAUGGAAAUAUUGAUGUUUCCAAUGAGGAAAUGUUGGUGAGCUGCUCAGAUAAAUUUGACAGAUAACUGCUUACAUAGCCGCCUUCUAAGUAAAGGCAGUGAAUUCUCCCAUUUCCUCCUGGAGGAUUUAUUUAAAUAAAAUAUGCUUAUUAAACACUUCCUCCAAAGAUCGUUUCCUUAGUAAUCUGGGCAUUUUGUUCAAAAGAUAAUAUGGUAUUCUUGUGUGAAAUGUAAAAAAGCAAGUCUUGCCUAAUGAUAAUGCCACAUUGUGUGUAUUUUUGUUCAGCUAAGAUGUAGAAAACAAAAGUUGUUUUUGCCUAUAAGUUCCUGAUACCAGCUCCCACAAUUGUAAGAAUAAGUAAAAAUAAAACCUGAAUUUUUGCAUAAAAUGCAAA